AUGACGGCCGACCAGCGCCCGCGUGGUGCCCCUCGUGUCGCGAGGGGUAAGACGUCGAGACAGGCUGAGGGAGUGAAAGCGCAUGGCGUUCUUCCGGUUCCACGGGGACCCCCACGGGGACCCGUGGGACCCGCGAUGCUCGUGACCGGCGUGACGGUGACGCGCUGCUUCGUAGAGCCGCACUUGUUGCAACCGCUGCACGACUUCGUCAACGGCGUCUGGUGGCAGCUGGACCUCCUGUGGAAGGCAGCGACAGGGCUGGGGCCCUGGCUGGGCCUUUUUUGGAGCGCCCUGGUGCCCUAUCCGCCCUUCAACUGGCUGCAGUGGGCCGCCCUCAAGGUUUGGCACCUGCCGCGUUUGUAUCGGUUUUACAUUAUUUACGUUUUUGCAGACAAUGUCUGGAAGUGGCUCUUACCGAGCCUACACGAAGAAGUGAUGAGUGGCAUUUUUUUGGCGCUGCUGCAUCGCUAUAAUCCCAAAGGCUAUGUGGAUCGCGUCGUGAAUCGAUUCGUAUCCCUGCUCAACAAGCAGGCCAAGUUGUUGUCUCCCAAGGGUGUGCGAGCACCUUUGCCUGAGGAGUUGUUGGAGACCCUGUGCAUCCGCUUGCGCAACGAUGGCGAGCUGCUGGAGGCGCUGGGCCAUCGACGGAUCUUGCGGAUCUGGCCCCGUCUCAGGAGGCAGACCUUGGGAACUCUGAGCUUCCCAAGCGCCUCCGAUGAGGCUUGGGUCCACAAGACCAUCGUAGACGGCUACUACCGUGAAGUUGAGGCUGUGGUCAAGGAAGCCGCUCUGGUGUCCGCUGCGCAGGAGGCGGCGGCGCGGAUGCGAGUCCUGCAUGAGGCCAUGGACAGUGCGCGCUUGACCUCGAAAGAUGGGGGUCUUUCGCAGGGCACUGGGGGCCUCAUGAGUCAGGUCGACUCGGCCUCGGCGCAGGCGGCGGAUGCCAUCAUCGCGCUCGGCCAGGCAAAGGUUGAAGCGCAAGAAGCCGCAGCCAGAGUGGGCAAGGCUUUGGGCAAGACCUGGCAAGACAAGAUGGAUGAGCUCAUGGAUGUCCACAAGGCCCUGCCGGACGUGGUCGCCGAGCUGCGGCGCCUCGAUCCCAAGGAGUCCAAGGACUCGAAGGACUCGAAAGACUCGAAAGGCAAAGGGAAGAAACCCAAGAAGUGA